CAUGUUGAAAUAUAACCGUCCGUUACCUCCCUAAUCUACAAUUCAACAGACUGGAGAUAAACAUCUCAUCUGGUUCACUUCUCCUGAACUCUGCAAACGACAAUAAACAAGUGUUUACAAUGAAUCAGGAAACACUCUCCCUCCAACCCUCCUCCCCCCUACCCUCCUCCCCCCUACCCCUCCCGGAGUCCCCGGGUCGUACCUCUCCUGGUGACACCUUACUGCUGGGUCUGAAGAGGCUGUCUGUGCUGCUGGUCGACUGCAGGAAAACACCGGUGCUCGGGGACAGUCCAAACCGUCACUCUCUCAGUAGAAGGGGCUUGUCAUCUGGGGAGGCUAAACAACAUCAUGAUAAUGAGGAGGCAGAGAAAAGUCUCUCAAGAUCAGAACACCAAGAGAAACAACAGCAGAGACCCUCAAGGAAGAAAUCUCACUGCUGCUCUGACUGUGGGAAGAGGUUUACCUCUUCAGCAAACCUUAGACAACACCAGAGAAUUCAUACUGGAGAGAAACCUUAUAGCUGUGAUCAAUGUGGGAAGAGAUUCAAUCAGAGAUUCAAUCUGAAGUCACACCAGAUCAUACACUCAGUAGAAAAACCUCACUGCUGCUCCCAGUGUGGAGCUAGCCUCUCCUCUGCCAGGGCACUGGAAGGACACAUGCGGAUUCACACUGGAGAGAAACCGUACCAGUGCUCAGAAUGUGGGCAGAGAUUUACAUACUCCAGUGGUUUACGGAUACACGAGAGAAUAAAACACACCGGCGAAAAACCACACUGUUGCUCUGACUGCGGGAAGAGAUUUGCUACAUCACAAAGCUUAAAAGCUCACUGGCGGAUUCACACUGGAGAGAGACCGUUCCACUGCUCUGAGUGUGGGAAGAGUUUCAAACAAGCCUCAACACUCUUUGAACACAAACGAAUACACACAGGAGAAAAGCCUCACCACUGUGAGCUGUGCGGGGAAGCUAUUCCUCUUCUAAAUUACUCAGACUACACCAGAGGAUUCACACAGGGGAGAAACCUUACCAUUGUGCUGACUGUGGUAAAAGCUUCAGACUGAUUUGUAUUUUAAGAUGUCACCAGCUAAGACAUACUGGUGAGAAGCCCCACCAAUGUACUGAGUGUGGGAUGAGGUUUGCUGUUAAGAGUGGGCUCUGGUCACAUAACAUUGUGCACACUGGAGAGAAAGGAUACCAAUGCCCACAGUGCGGUAAGAAGCUUGGAUCAUCUAAUUCUCUAGAACAGCAUAAGCGAACACACACUGGACAGAAACCCUUCCACUGUUCCCACUGUAAAUUAAGCUUUGCCACUAAUUCAGCCCUGUACAAACACCAGAGAAUUCACACAGGUGAGAAACCACACAGCUGCAAUGUUUGCCAGAGGAGAUUUGGACGGUCCGAUCACCUGAAAAUUCACAUGCAAAUUCACACAGGAGAAAAGCCAUACCACUGCUCUAAGUGCGAGCUGAGUUUCACUAACAACAGAUCUCUGAAAGAACAUGAGGUCAGACACACAGAAGAUAAACCUCACUGCUGCUCCCAGUGCGGUGCUAGUCUCUCCUCUGCCAGGGCACUGGAAGGACACAUGCGGAUUCACACUGGAGAGAAACCAUACGAGUGCUCUGAAUGUGGGCAGAAGUUUGCACAUAGAGCCGAUCUUGGGACACACCGAAGAAUACACACAGGAGAGAAACCCUAUCACUGCUCUGACUGCAAGAAGAGCUUUUCAAGACUUUACUCUUUCAAAAAGCACAAGUUCACACAUUCAGAGAAGAUAAUGCUGUAAUCUACACCCCGAUUAGCCUGAUAUAAUGCUGUAAUCUACACCUUUAUUAGCCUGAUAUAAUGCUGUAAUCUACACCUUUAUUAGCCUGAUAUAAUGCUGUAAUCUACACCCUGAUUAGCCUGAUAUAAUGCUGUAAUCUACACCCUGAUUAGCCUGAUAUAAUGCUGUAAUCUACACCCUGAUUAGCCUGAUAUAAUGCUGUCAUCUACACCUUUAUUAGCCUGAUAUAAUGCUGUAAUCUACACCCUGAUUAGCCUGAUAUAAUGCUGUCAUCUACACCUUUAUUAGCCUGAUAUAAUGCUGUAAUCUACACCUUUAUUAGCCUGAUAUAAUGCUGUAAUCUACACCCUGAUUAGCCUGAUAUAAUGCUGUCAUCUACACCCUGAUUAGCCUGAUAUAAUGCUGUAAUCUACACCCUGAUUAGCCUGAUAUAAUGCUGUAAUCUACACCCUGAUUAGCCUGAUAUAAUGCUGUAAUCUACACCCCGAUUAGCCUGAUAUAAUGCUGUAAUCUACACCUUUAUUAGCCUGAUAUAAUGCUGUAAUCUACACCCUGAUUAGCCUGAUAUAAUGCUGUAAUCUACACCUUUAUUAUCCUGAUAUAAUGCUGUAAUCUACACCCCGAUUAGCCUGAUAUAAUGCUGUAAUCUACACCUUUAUUAGCCUGAUAUAAUGCUGUAAUCUACACCCUGAUUAGCCUGAUAUAAUGCUGUAAUCUACACCUCGAUUAGCCUGAUAUAAUGCUGUAAUCUACACCCCGAUUAGCCUGAUAUAAUGCUGUAAUCUACACCUUUAUUAGCCUGAUAUAAUGCUGUAAUCUACACCCUGAUUAGCCUGAUAUAAUGCUGUAAUCUACAUCUUUAUUAGCCUGAUAUAAUGCUGUAAUCUACACCCCGAUUAGCCUGAUAUAAUGCUGUAAUCUACACCCUGAUAUAAUGCUGUAAUCUACACCCCGAUUAGCCUGAUAUAAUGCUGUAAUCUACACCCUGAUAUAAUGCUGUAAUCUACACCCCGAUUAGCCUGAUAUAAUGCUGUAAUCUACACCCCGAUUAGCCUGAUAUAAUGUUGUAAUCUACACCUUUAUUAGCCUGAUAUAAUGCUGUAAUCUACACCCUGAUUAGCCUGAUAUAAUGCUGUAAUCUACACCUUUAUUAUCCUGAUAUAAUGCUGUAAUCUACACCCCGAUUAGCCUGAUAUAAUGUUGUAAUCUACACCUUGAUUAGCCUGAUAUAAUGCUGUAAUCUACACCCUGAUUAGCCUGAUAUAAUGCUGUAAUCUACACCCCGAUUAGCCUGAUAUAAUGCUGUAAUCUACACCCUGAUAUAAUGCUGUAAUCUACACCCUGAUAUAAUGCUGUAAUCUACACCCCGAUUAGCCUGAUAUAAUGUUGUAAUCUACACCUUUAUUAGCCUGAUAUAAUGCUGUAAUCUACACCCUGAUUAGCCUGAUAUAAUGCUGUAAUCUACACCUUUAUUAGCCUGAUAUAAUGCUGUAAUCCACACCCUGAUAUAAUGCUGUAAUCUACACCCUGAUUAGCCUGAUAUAAUGCUGUAAUCUAUACCUUUAUUAGCCUGAUAUAAUGCUGUAAUCUACACCUUGAUUAGCCUGAUAUAAUGCUGUAAUCUACACCUUGAUUAGCCUGAUAUAAUGCUGUAAUCUACACCCCGAUUAGCCUGAUAUAAUGCUGUAAUCUACACCCCGAUUAGCCUGAUAUAAUGCUGUAAUCUACACCCCGAUUAGCCUGAUAUAAUGCUGUAAUCUACACCCUGAUAUAAUGCUGUAAUCUACACCCCGAUUAGCCUGAUAUAAUGCUGUAAUCUACACCCCGAUUAGCCUGAUAUAAUGCUGUAAUCUACACCUUUAUUAGCCUGAUAUAAUGCUGUAAUCUACACCCUGAUAUAAUGCUGUAAUCUACACCUUUAUUAGCCUGAUAUAAUGCUGUAAUCUACACCCCGAUUAGCCUGAUAUAAUGCUGUAAUCUACACCCUGAUAUAAUGCUGUAAUCUACACCCCGAUUAGCCUGAUAUAAUGCUGUAAUCUACACCCAGAUUAGCCUGAUAUAAUGCUGUAAUCCACACCCUGAUUAGCCUGAUAUAAUGCUGUAAUCUACACCCCGAUUAGCCUGAUAUAAUGCUGUAAUCUACACCUUGAUUAGCCUGAUAUAAUGCUGUAAUCUACACCCUGAUUAGCCUGAUAUAAUGCUGUAAUCUACACCCCGAUUAGCCUGAUAUAAUGCUGUAAUCUACACCCCGAUUAGCCUGAUAUAAUGCUGUAAUCUACACCUUUAUUAGCCUGAUAUAAUGCUGUAAUCUACACCCUGAUUAGCCUGAUAUAAUGUUGUAAUCUACACCCCGAUUAGCCUGAUAUAAUGCUGUAAUCUACACCCUGAUAUAAUGCUGUAAUCUACACCCCGAUUAGCCUGAUAUAAUGCUGUAAUCUACACCCCGAUUAGCCUGAUAUAAUGCUGUAAUCUACACCCUGAUUAGCCUGAUAUAAUGCUGUAAUCUACACCCUGAUUAGCCUGAUAUAAUGCUGUAAUCUACAUCUUUAUUAGCCUGAUAUAAUGCUGUAAUCUACACCCUGAUUAGCCUGAUAUAAUGCUGUAAUCUACACCUUUAUUAGCCUGAUAUAAUGCUGUAAUCUACACCCUGAUUAGCCUGAUAUAAUGCUGUAAUCUACACCUUUAUUAUCCUGAUAUAAUGCUGUAAUCUACACCUUUAUUAGCCUGAUAUAAUGCUGUAAUCUACACCUUUAUUAGCCUGAUAUAAUGCUGUAAUCUACACCUUUAUUAGCCUGAUAUAAUGCUGUAAUCUACACCUUUAUUAGCCUGAUAUAAUGCUGUAAUCUACACCUUUAUUAGCCUGAUAUAAUGCUGUAAUCUACACCCUGAUAUAAUGUUGUAAUCUACACCCUGAUUAGCCUGAUAUAAUGCUGUAAUCUACACCUUUAUUAUCCUGAUAUAAUGCUGUAAUCUACACCCUGAUUAGCCUGAUAUAAUGCUGUAAUCUACACCCUGAUUAGCCUGAUAUAAUGCUGUAAUCUACACCCUGAUUAGCCUGAUAUAAUGUUGUAAUCUACACCCUGAUUAGCCUGAUAUAAUGCUGUAAUCUACACCCUGAUAUAAUGCUGUAAUCUACACCCCGAUUAGCCUGAUAUAAUGCUGUAAUCUACACCCUGAUAUAAUGCUGUAAUCUACACCCCGAUUAGCCUGAUAUAAUGCUGUAAUCUACACCUUUAUUAGCCUGAUAUAAUGCUGUAAUCUACACCUUGAUUAGCCUGUUAUAAUGCUGUAAUCUACACCCUGAUUAGCCUGAUAUAAUGCUGUAAUCUACACCCUGAUUAGCCUGAUAUAAUGCUGUAAUCUACACCCUGAUAUAAUGCUGUAAUCUACACCUUGAUUAGCCUGAUAUAAUGCUGUAAUCUACACCUUUAUUAGCCUGAUAUAAUGCUGUAAUCUACACCCCGAUUAGCCUGAUAUAAUGCUGUAAUCUACACCCCGAUAUAAUGCUGUAAUCUACACCCUGAUUAGCCUGAUAUAAUGCUGUAAUCUACACCCUGAUAUAAUGCUGUAAUCUACACCCUGAUUAGCCUGAUAUAAUGCUGUAAUCUACACCCCGAUUAGCCUGAUAUAAUGCUGUAAUCUACAUAUUGAUUAGCCUGAUAUAAUGCUGUAAUCUACACCUUUAUUAGCCUGAUAUAAUGCUGUAAUCUACACCUUGAUUAGCCUGAUAUAAUGCUGUAAUCUACACCCUGAUUAGCCUGAUAUAAUGCUGUAAUCUACACCCUGAUUAGCCUGAUAUAAUGCUGUAAUCUACACCUUUAUUAGCCUGAUAUAAUGCUGUAAUCUACACCUUUAUUAGCCUGAUAUAAUGCUGUAAUCUACACCCUGAUUAGCCUGAUAUAAUGCUGUAAUCUACACCCCGAUUAGCAUGAUAUAAUGCUGUAAUCUACACCCCGAUUAGCCUGAUAUAAUGCUGUAAUCUACACCCUGAUUAGCCUGAUAUAAUGCUGUCAUCUACACCUUUAUUAGCCUGACAUAAUGCUGUAAUCUACACCUUUAUUAGCCUGAUAUAAUGCUGUAAUCUACACCUUUAUUAGCCUGAUAUAAUGCUGUAAUCUACACCUUGAUUAGCCUGAUAUAAUGCUGUAAUCUACACCCUGAUUAGCCUGAUAUAAUGCUGUAAUCUACACCUUUAUUAGCCUGAUAUAAUGCUGUAAUCUACACCUUUAUUAGCCUGAUAUAAUGCUGUAAUCUACACCCCGAUUAGCCUGAUAUAAUGCUGUAAUCUACACCCUGAUUAGCCUGAUAUAAUGCUGUAAUCUACACCUUUAUUAGCCUGAUAUAAUGCUGUAAUCUACACCCCGAUUAGCCUGAUAUAAUGCUGUAAUCUACACCCCGAUUAGCCUGAUAUAAUGCUGUAAUCUACACCCCGAUUAGCCUGAUAUAAUGCUGUAAUCUACACCUUUAUUAGCCUGAUAUAAUGCUGUAAUCUACACCUUUAUUAGCCUGAUAUAAUGCUGUAAUCUACACCCUGAUUAGCCUGAUAUAAUGCUGUAAUCUACACCCUGAUUAGCCUGAUAUAAUGCUGUAAUCUACACCCCGAUUAGCCUGAUAUAAUGCUGUAAUCUACACCUUUAUUAGCCUGAUAUAAUGCUGUAAUCCACACCCCGAUUAGCCUGAUAUAAUGCUGUAAUCCACACCCUGAUUAGCCUGAUAUAAUGCUGUAAUCUACACCCUGAUUAGCCUGAUAUAAUGCUGUAAUCCACACCCUGAUUAGCCUGAUAUAAUGCUGUAAUCUACACCUUUAUUAGCCUGAUAUAAUGCUGUAAUCUACACCCUGAUUAGCCUGAUAUAAUGCUGUAAUCCACACCCUGAUUAGCCUGAUAUAAUGCUGUAAUCUACACCCCGAUUAGCCUGAUAUAAUGCUGUAAUCUACACCCUGAUUAGCCUGAUAUAAUGCUGUAAUCCACACCCCGAUUAGCCUGAUAUAAUGCUGUAAUCUACACCCCGAUUAGCCUGACAUAAUGCUGUAAUCUACACCCUGAUAUAAUGCUGUAAUCUACACCCCGAUUAGCCUGAUAUAAUGCUGUAAUCUACACCCUGAUAUAAUGCUGUAAUCUACACCCCGAUUAGCCUGAUAUAAUGCUGUAAUCUACACCUUUAUUAGCCUGAUAUAAUGUUGUAAUCCACACCCCGAUUAGCCUGAUAUAAUGCUGUAAUCUACACCUUUAUUAGCCUGACAUAAUGCUGUAAUCCACACCCCGAUUAGCCUGAUAUAAUGCUGUAAUCUACACCUUGAUUAGCCUGAUAUAAUGCUGUAAUCUACACCUUGAUUAGCCUGAUAUAAUGCUGUAAUCUACACCCUGAUUAGCCUGAUAUAAUGCUGUAAUCUACACCUUUAUUAGCCUGAUAUAAUGCUGUAAUCUAUACCUUUAUUAGCCUGAUAUAAUGCUGUAAUCUACACCUUGAUUAGCCUGAUAUAAUGCUGUAAUCUACACCUUGAUUAGCCUGAUAUAAUGCUGUAAUCUACACCUUGAUUAGCCUGAUAUAAUGCUGUAAUCUACACCCCGAUUAGCCUGAUAUAAUGCUGUAAUCUACACCCUGAUUAGCCUGAUAUAAUGCUGUAAUCUACACCCUGAUUAGCCUGAUAUAAUGCUGUAAUCUACACCUUUAUUAGCCUGAUAUAAUGCUGUAAUCUACACCCUGAUUAGCCUGAUAUAAUGCUGUAAUCUACACCUUUAUUAGCCUGAUAUAAUGCUGUAAUCUACACCCCGAUUAGCCUGAUAUAAUGCUGUAAUCUACACCCUGAUUAGCCUGAUAUAAUGCUGUAAUCUACACCCUGAUUAGCCUGAUAUAAUGCUGUCAUCUACACCUUGAUUAGCCUGAUAUAAUGCUGUAAUCUACACCUUUAUUAGCCUGAUAUAAUGCUGUAAUCUACACCCCGAUUAGCCUGAUAUAAUGCUGUAAUCUACACCUUUAUUAGCCUGAUAUAAUGCUGUAAUCUACACCCUGAUAUAAUGCUGUAAUCUACACCUUUAUUAGCCUGAUAUAAUGCUGUAAUCUACACCUUUAUUAGCCUGACAUAAUGCUGUAAUCUACACCUUUAUUAGCCUGAUAUAAUGCUGUAAUCUACACCUUGAUUAGCCUGAUAUAAUGCUGUAAUCUACACCCCGAUUAGCCUGAUAUAAUGCUGUAAUCUACACCCUGAUAUAAUGCUGUAAUCUACACCCUGAUUAGCCUGAUAUAAUGCUGUAAUCUACACCCCGAUUAGCCUGAUAUAAUGCUGUAAUCUACACCCCGAUUAGCCUGAUAUAAUGCUGUAAUCUACACCUUUAUUAGCCUGAUAUAAUGCUGUAAUCUAUACCUUUAUUAGCCUGAUAUAAUGCUGUAAUCUACACCUUUAUUAGCCUGAUAUAAUGCUGUAAUCUACACCUUUAUUAGCCUGAUAUAAUGCUGUAAUCUACACCCUGAUAUAAUGCUGUAAUCUACACCCUGAUAUAAUGCUGUAAUCUACACCCCGAUUAGCCUGAUAUAAUGUUGUAAUCUACACCCCGAUUAGCCUGAUAUAAUGCUGUAAUCUACACCCCGAUUAGCCUGAUAUAAUGCUGUAAUCUACACCUUUAUUAGCCUGAUAUAAUGCUGUAAUCUACACCUUUAUUAGCCUGAUAUAAUGCUGUAAUCUACACCCUGAUAUAAUGCUGUAAUCUACACCUUGAUUAGCCUGAUAUAAUGCUGUAAUCUACACCCUGAUUAGCCUGAUAUAAUGCUGUAAUCUACACCCUGAUUAGCCUGAUAUAAUGCUGUAAUCUACACCCUGAUUAGCCUGAUAUAAUGCUGUAAUCUACACCUCGAUUAGCCUGAUAUAAUGCUGUAAUCUACACCCUGAUUAGCCUGAUAUAAUGCUGUAAUCUACACCUUUAUUAGCCUGAUAUAAUGCUGUAAUCUACACCCUGAUAUAAUGCUGUAAUCUACACCCUGAUUAGCCUGAUAUAAUGCUGUAAUCUACACCCUGAUUAGCCUGAUAUAAUGCUGUAAUCUACACCUUUAUUAGCCUGAUAUAAUGCUGUAAUCUACACCUUUAUUAGCCUGAUAUAAUGCUGUAAUCUACACCCUGAUUAGCCUGAUAUAAUGCUGUAAUCUACACCUUUAUUAGCCUGAUAUAAUGCUGUAAUCUACACCCCGAUUAGCCUGAUAUAAUGCUGUAAUCUACACCCUGAUUAAAUGCUGUAAUCUACACCCCGAUUAGCCUGAUAUAAUGUUGUAAUCUACACCCCGAUUAGCCUGAUAUAAUGUUGUAAUCUACACCCUGAUUAGCCUGAUAUAAUGCUGUAAUCUACACCUUUAUUAGCCUGAUAUAAUGCUGUAAUCUACACCCCGAUUAGCCUGAUAUAAUGCUGUAAUCUACACCCUGAUUAGCCUGAUAUAAUGCUGUAAUCUACACCCUGAUUAGCCUGAUAUAAUGCUGUAAUCUACACCCUGAUUAGCCUGAUAUAAUGCUGUAAUCUACACCCUGAUUAGCCUGAUAUAAUGCUGUAAUCUACACCUUUAUUAGCCUGAUAUAAUGCUGUAAUCUACACCCUGAUUAGCCUGAUAUAAUGCUGUAAUCCACACCUUUAUUAGCCUGAUAUAAUGCUGUAAUCUACACCUUUAUUAGCCUGAUAUAAUGCUGUAAUCUACACCUUUAUUAGCCUGAUAUAAUGCUGUAAUCUACACCCUGAUUAGCCUGAUAUAAUGCUGUAAUCUACACCCCGAUUAGCCUGAUAUAAUGCUGUAAUCUACACCCUGAUUAGCCUGAUAUAAUGCUGUAAUCUACACCCCGAUUAGCCUGAUAUAAUGCUGUAAUCUACACCCUGAUAUAAUGCUGUAAUCUACAUCUUUAUUAGCCUGAUAUAAUGCUGUAAUCUACACCCUGAUUAGCCUGAUAUAAUGCUGUAAUCUACACCCUGAUUAGCCUGAUAUAAUGCUGUAAUCUACACCCCGAUUAGCCUGAUAUAAUGCUGUAAUCUACACCCUGAUAUAAUGCUGUAAUCUACAUCUUUAUUAGCCUGAUAUAAUGCUGUAAUCUACACCCCGAUUAGCCUGAUAUAAUGCUGUAAUCUACACCCUGAUUAGCCUGAUAUAAUGCUGUAAUCUACACCCCGAUUAGCCUGAUAUAAUGCUGUAAUCUACACCCUGAUUAGCCUGAUAUAAUGCUGUAAUCUACACCCUGAUUAGCCUGAUAUAAUGCUGUAAUCUACACCUUUAUUAGCCUGAUAUAAUGCUGUAAUCUACACCCUGAUCAGCCUGAUAUAAUGCUGUAAUCUACACCCUGAUUAGCCUGAUAUAAUGCUGUAAUCUACACCCUGAUUAGCCUGAUAUAAUGCUGUAAUCUACACCUUUAUUAGCCUGAUAUAAUGCUGUAAUCUACACCCUGAUUAGCCUGAUAUAAUGCUGUAAUCUACACCCUGAUUAGCCUGAUAUAAUGCUGUAAUCUACACCUUUAUUAGCCUGAUAUAAUGCUGUAAUCUACACCCCGAUUAGCCUGAUAUAAUGCUGUAAUCUACACCUUUAUUAGCCUGAUAUAAUGCUGUAAUCUACACCUUUAUUAGCCUGAUAUAAUGCUGUAAUCUACACCCUGAUUAGCCUGAUAUAAUGCUGUAAUCUACACCCCGAUUAGCCUGAUAUAAUGCUGUAAUCUACACCUUUAUUAGCCUGAUAUAAUGCUGUAAUCUACACCCUGAUUAGCCUGAUAACUAAUUCUUAUAAUAAACAGUG